GUUAUGGCGGAGGUGAUGUCACAGUGACAGGCCACUUCCCGCCUCCCCAUUGCCGUAGCCCCGCCCCCGCAUCUCUGAAUGCCCGGAGAGAGGAGACGGACUGUGCAGCCUGACUCACGGACAUCCUGCGCUACGGAACGGCAUAGCCAGAGUGGAACGGCCCGAAUCAACAUUUUGAAGCUUUAAACUGAUGCAAUGACAGAAGUUUGAAUUCCUUACAAACAUCUUUUGAUCUUUUUCUUCUGCGGAUAUUUCUGAAUUGGCUACGUCAUCAGCCGAGUGAAGAGCAAGGGAACAUUCAGCUUGUUGGUAAAGAGAUCUUGGUCUUCCAGAAUGAAUCCUGUUUACAGCCCUGUGCAACCAGGAGCUCCAUACGGCAACCCCAAAAAUAUGGCCUAUGCAGGUUACCCUGCCGGAUACCCUACAGCGGCCCCUACCUACAACCCUAACAUGUAUGCCGCCAGCAGCCCCGGCUAUGCCCCAGCGACCCUUCUGAUGAAACAAGCAUGGCCACAGACUUCCUCCUCCUGUGCCAACGAGGGCACCUUUCAUCUCCCCGUGGACACUGGGACAGAAAACAGGACUUUCCAAGCUUCAUCAGCUGCUUUCAGGUACACUGCCGGGACUCCAUACAAGGUGCCCCCCACCCAGAGUAAUAGCGCACCUCCGCCCUACUCCCCUUCCCCAAACCCGUACCAGACUGCCAUGUAUCCAAUCAGAAGUGCCUACCCACAGCAGAACCUGUAUGCCCAGGGCGCCUAUUAUACACAGCCCGUCUAUGCGGCGCAGCCUCACGUCAUUCACCACACUACGGUGGUGCAACCCAACAGCAUUCCCUCGGCUAUCUACCCUGCCCCCGUAGCUGCGCCAAGGACUAAUGGCGUGGCUAUGGGCAUGGUGGCUGGAACCACAAUGGCUAUGUCAGCAGGUACAUUGCUGACUACACCCCAGCACACCGCCAUAGGAGCACACGCAGUGUCUGUACCCACGUACAGAGCUCAAGGAACGCCCACGUAUAGCUAUGUACCUCCCCACUGGUAAACCCGCUGGCCUAUCCAUGUCUGGAGUCAAACAUUGUAUGCAAUUGCUCAAGUCUUACAUGGGUGCUGGGGGGGCGACUGUACAUCAGCACCAAGUUUGUCUGCAAGAUCAAAAACAAGGAAACACACAAGUGCAAGGGUCACUUUAUUAUUCUUUAGUGUUUUUGUAAAAGCUGCUUUUUACAACCUUACACCAUUUUUUUUAAAGCAUUUUUUGUUGUUGUUGUUCCAUGCCGAGUUUGCCGGUUCCGUGUUAUCCUUACUCCCCCCCCCCCCCCCAGGGCAGGGCAGGGUUAAUCUGAUCUCUGCUUCUCAGUUUUAUUUCUUUUUAUUCAUGUUGUUUUCUGCGUUGCGGGGCACGAGCUCUGAGACGACGCCGAACCCGCGGUGCGGAACCUAUUUUUUUUUUUUUUUGCAUUACGUUCCGGAUUUGCGCGGGAGCGGGUCACAAACGGUGUCUUCCAAAACUGACGGCAAAUGGAACAUUUCAGAAAUAGCAUUAGGCGGAUGUAGUGCAUGCUUUGUCUUAGGGACAGACUGCGUCUGGUUUGUUUUUUGGUACAACUUGCAAUCCAUUAAAGGCUGCUACACUGGUCCGAUUGGUUCUGAA